AUGGCCCCCCUGGCUCAGACCCUGGCACUGCUGGCAAUGGCCAUGGCCACCACGGCUGUCGAUGUGUUCCCCCUGGACAUGGCCCCAGACUCCUUUGAUGACCAGUACCGGGGCUGCGGCCCUGCCAUGAAGGAGGCAUUGCCGGCCCUCAACAGCUCCGAGUUUGAGCAGAACAAGGAGUUUGCUGAGGUUUGGGUAAAGGCUGCAGCUGAGUGGCAGAGUCGGGGCCCCCCUGAGUCCCCUCUGUCCCCAGACCAGGCCACCGCCAUCAUGGCCUUCACAAUGACUGACCCCAGAAAAUUCAAUGAUGCCCUGCGCGUGGUCGGGCAUUCCCGCCAGGAAUACCGAGACAACUUCCACUUCAAAACGCUACAUUUCCUGCUGACCGAUGCCCUGGCCACGCUGAGGGACGCUCAGAACGGGCAGUGUCGGGACGCGUUCCUCAUGGUGUGUGGCACCCGGUUUGAGGCACAGCGUGGUGACACCAUCCGGUUUGGUCUAUUCGUGCCAAUGUUCCCAAGCAAACAAAUUGGCGAGUGCCCCGGUGAGACAAUGCUCGAGGUGCACACGUGCCAUGGCGUGGAUGUCACGCCUUUUAGCGAACAUCCGGAACCUAAAAUCGUGCUGAUCCCACCCUUUGAGACCUUCAAUGUCACCCAAUACACUCAGGAAGGGGACAAGACACAGAUCCAGCUCCAGUCCGCCGGAACCUACAGCAAAUACAACUGCGAGUGGCUGCAAGAAAGGCAGUGCUCUGGGGAUGGGCCCUGUAGUGUCCCCAGGACUCCUUUCCACCUCAGUAGACUCCUCCUGGCCACCGCAGCCUUGGCAUGGCCUCUCCCCACCAUGGCCCUCCUGGCUCUGACCCUGGCACUGCUGGCAAUGACUGUGACCACUGCAGCCAUCAAGGUGGUGCCCCUGGACAUGGCUCAGGACUCCUUUGAUGACCAGUACUGGAGCUGUGGCCACACCAUGACCGCAGCAUUGCCGGCCCUCAGCCACUUUGAGUGCUCACUCUGUACUAGCUAA